AUGUUGGCAGACAGACGGGCUAUCAAAGAAAACAAAAUUACUUUGAGAAGAGAAGUGAGAGAAAAUAAAAACAUAAUAAUAAAGGAAAUUUGGCGGCUAAGCGGAGCUCCGGCUGUCGCGAACUUUUUUUUUUUUUUUACGAACAUUUUCUUGGAUCAAUUUAAUUUUCUUUACUUUCCCUUUUCUUCCUGUGUCGAGAUGGCAAGUGGAGUCACCAACGGGAAGGUCGCUGCGGAGAGGGUCUCUGAUGAUGAAAUCUGUGGGAUAUGCUUCACGAAGAUUUACCCCUUUGAUAAUCCAAGAGGCCGAUUGAACUCCUGCAGUCACAUUUUUUGUGCAUACUGCAUCAAGGAAUGGGCGCAGAGCACAAACGUCUGUCCUCAUUGCAAGGCCCGGUUUACUCGCAUCUUCACUGUGGAUCCAGAAGGAAAGGAGGAGAUCACGAAGGUAAGAAAGCGAAACUACAGACUAUGGGAGGAUGAAGAGGAAGAAGAAGAAGAUCAGAACAAUAGGGAUGACAAUCGGGUCUCGACGCCUAUUUUUUUCGUGUGUCAUGUGUGCGGUGAGAGCGAUAAUGCGUCUCGGAUGAUUCUUUGUGACCGCCGACAAUGUUCGAAUACGGUGCAUCUCGACUGCGUAAAUCUGUCAGAGCAGCCAGCGGGGUAUUUUUGUCCCGAUUGCACACGGCUUCGUGCAUCAGUGUCAGUUGCCAUCACUUCCUCAUCCCUUUCCUCGGCAACUCUGUUGGCAGCGACCGACGCGGUGAGUGAAACACCUCUCAACAGUGAACGUCCAAAGGAUGAUGCUAAUGAUACGGAUAAUAGUACGCCUCUAGUGGCGUCCCACCCAGAAGCCGUUCCUCCAUGCCAGAUAAACGGCAAGAAAGUUUUUGUUGCGCCCCCAGCGUGGCUGCAAGAGGCAGUUGAACGCAGUACUUCGCAACAUUUGGAGGCACGGCGACCUUUACCUUUGGAAGCACCGACAAUAUCAAGCGACUUUGCACCUCAAACAAGUUCUGUUCCUCAUGAAACGAGAAGGAGUGGGGAAACGCCGACGGUGUUGCCGGAUGAAGAUGAAGAACUACACCGUUCUGCGGAGGCAGCUAUGCAACAAUUUACUCAACGACAGGCGCAGAAGGAGCAGCAAAUACGUCAUCGUCGACAGCGCCAACCUGGAAGUCCUUCUUAUGACCCUGCUCUGCUUCGAGCCACUGCACAACGAAGUAAACGGUUUCACAGUAGUGCUAACGUGCCUAUGGGCUGCGCGGAAACUACCGACGUAUUGGACCCCGAGUCUCGACACCGUGAAGAGGAGGCUCUUGCGCGCCGUCUUGCCCUGGAAAUACUUCCCAUUCUUCGUCGAAAUCGUAUUCUUCAAGAACAUAGAAUCUAUUUGGGUGAUAAUGGGAGUAUUGUUGCGGCUUCUUUGCCUUCAAAAUUCGAGGGAGCGCAAGGUGAAAGAGAUCUUUACAAUCACGCCAUGACGGAGGGUAGACGCAUCGCCCGAGAACGCAUGGAGACCAAACUGGGGGAUGCUCGGCGGAGAAAGGAGCGUCUUAUCAGAGUGCAAGCUCAGAGAGAGUCCGUCGCCUUGGCGAAGCUCGCAAGAAUUGUUGCUUCCCACCGGGCUGUCCCAAGGAUGAAAUGA